AUGCGAAUCCUCGCGCUGGUGAUCAUACUGCCCCACGCUGAGAACAUAAAGAGCAGUGUUAUACCCCUUUUUCACUUGUACCUUUCAGAGUGGCACCAUGCUAUCACCCCAACAAACUAUGUGACGUCCAAGGGUGCUAACGAAUCACAGUCUUUUCCGUUCUAUCUGGUACAUACAGUUUGGUUGGCUUCCUUAAAUUCCCGACACACAUCUUCAGUGCACUCUUCGCUCGACGUCCCAAACUAUGAGGUGAGCAUGGACCUUCGUACUCCGAAGUUCGGCCUCCCGGAUUGCCGAGAACGAUUUGCCAGAGUAAUGGAAAACGAGGAAAACGAAAUUUUUCAAAAAAAUUGGGCGAGUUUUAUUCAGUCUCUGGAUGUCGGGCCUGAAAAGGCGAAAGGUAUCGAACAGCUGCCUGCUGAUCAGAAGAGACAUCUGCUAGAAAGCUAUGUCACCAAGAAUCCCAAGUGUUCGGCAUUUCAUUACGUUUCGCUCAUCAAAGGACUACGUGUUGGUCGAUCGACGCUUUCUAAAAAUUCUCGGCGCAGCGAAGGACAACAUGCCAAAGAAGUUCUGAUGGCCACGGAGAUUUCUCUUCGAACAAACAAUGUUGGUUGGGUUUACGAAUUCCUCGAUCAGAACGGUUUGGAUGUUCUGGUAACGUAUGUAUCUAAAGUGAUACAUAUGCUGAUAAGAAGCAACAUUGGUUCGGACUCCUCUGAUAUGGAACCUCCCAUGAUCCCACUCGAAUCCUUCGACUCUACUGAGACAAUCAGUCGUUCUCUACCUUCAAGCCGACCCAAAGCGAAUAGUCUACGUUCUCUUUGGUGUAUUCGACGACCAGCCGACGGAGAUGAAUUCGGUCGACGGCGGUCACUGAAUCGACCAAGUCGGUUCACCCUUCAAUUAUCCGAUUCCAUUCGGGAUAGUCUCCAUCAAGCGGUCAAAUGCUUUCGGGCUUUGCUGAAUAACCAACGUGGCUGUUCAAUGGUGUUUGAUCAUCCCCGUGCCAUCAAUGUGAUCACGCUUUGCCUGCUUCAUCCCAGUACCCAAACUAAAUCACUUGUUCUCGAACUGUUGGCUGCUGUCUGUCUCAUUAUCGGUGGCCAUGAACGUGUGAUCAAGGCCUUCGAUAAUUUCAAACGGGAAGUUGGCGAGUUCCAACGUUUCGAAAGCUUAGUUCACUACUUUUUCACGCACGAAACAUCCAGCCCUGCUGAUGAGUACAAUGUGGAUUUCAUGGUAUCGUGUAUCCAGUUCUUCAACAUUGUUGUUCAUUCAACUGAUGACAUCAUGCUGCGAGUUUAUCUCCAGGAAGAGUUCAGACAUUUGGGAUUGGUCCUCUUUUUACAGCGCCUCCAUAAUCGUGCAAGCGAUCGCCUUGUACGACAGAUUGAAGCCUACAAUGACAACGAGGUGGAUGUGGCCAUGCUUUUGGAGGACUCUCAAGCUCGAGAACUUUAUCAGCAAGAGUUAGAACAGCGAGAGACUGAAAUGUUCGCCUUGCAAACCCGUUUGGGCAGCAUCCAGACUGAACACGAGGCAAAAACAGCCGAACUCCAAGCCACUUUGGACGCUCUACAAUCACGUUGCGCAGAAUUAGAAGGUCAACAUGAAGCUCAAAUUGGUCAGUUGAAUACACUCCAGUCACGUCUGAAAGACCAAGACAGGUCAGCCACAGAUCGAGAAAAGAUCCUAGAAGCUCGCAUUCAAGAGUUGGAGGAAACGAUUUCCCGCACCAAAUCCACCGCGGAUAGGCCGACAUCCGCAAAGUUGGUAAACGGAGAUGCACCUGAAAUUGCUUCGCCUCCACCCCCUCCACCUCCGCCCCCACCGCCUCCACCACCAUUGCUUUCUUCUGGCAUACCUCCUCCUCCACCCCCUGUGAUGGGUGGCAUGCCCCCGCCUCCGCCUGGGCUUGGCCAAGUGCCUAGUGGAGUUGAGGCUGUUCCCAUCCGACCCCCCAUACAAACCCGGUUCAAACUACCUUUGGUCAACUGGACCGUGUUACGAAGUCAACAACUUCGAGGUACCGUUUUUGUUGGGAUGAACGAUGAAGAAGUUUUGAAUCAUAUUGAUACCAAACGUCUUGAAGAUUUGUUCAAGUUGUCCACUCAGACCGUUGGCACCGAUUCGAUUGAUGGGCUAGAAAACGGACAAAGCAAGCCUGCAAAACGACUGGAGAAGAAGUCUCUGGUAGAUACCAAUCGACAUCGUUGUAUUGGCGUGCUCCUUCGAUUUUUGGAAUCCGAAAAGUACACACGCGAGCGAUUGUGGUCAGACAUAACACGAUUGGAACUUAGCCAGGAUGUGGCUGAUCGAAUCUAUCACCAGUUGCCUACCCAGGACGAAAUGAAAACCUAUCUGAAAUACGAAUUCACCGAUCAACUCAAUGUGGACGACCUGACAGAUGAGGACCGAUUGUUGCUCCAUUUAUGCAAGAUUGAACGAUUAGGCACCCGUUUGGAGAUAAUUUUGUUUAUGAACUCGUUUGAGGACUCCGUGGCGACUCUGACCCCGAAAAUCGCUGCAGUCAGUUCGGUCUCGUUGGCGUUGAAACAGAGUGAACGAUUUCGUGCAAUCUUGGAACUCGUUCUGGCUUUCGGCAAUUACAUCAACAGUUCGCGACGUGGUAUUGCCUACGGUUUCCGGUUGCAGAGUCUUGACGUGUUGGUUGAUACAAAAAGCGUGGAUAAGUCGUGGACACUGUUGCACUACAUUGUGGAUACCAUCCAAACCAGGUUUCCCGCCCUCAUCACGUUCUACGAGAGUUUUGGAGAUAUUGCUACCGCUGCGAAAGUCCCAAUGGAAGCACUCACUUCAGACGUCAACGCCCUUGUAUCUGGCCUUGCUCAAGCGGAUAGAGAGACGAUUGUCGCUGGUCCGAUGAACACACCUGAUCGAUUGAUCCAAUUCAUCGAGAAGAACAAACCUCGUGUAGAGGCUAUCCACCAGCGGGCUGAACGAGCCAAAACUCUGUUCGCCCAAACCGUGGAAUGGUUUGGAGAGGCGCAGAACAAACCCAGCCCCGAGCAGUUUUUCGGCUUGAUACUACGGUUUGUAGAAAACUUCAAGAAAGCGGUUGCAGAAAACGAAAAGCGUCACAGGAUGGAUGCCUUGCAAAUGCUUCAAGCAGUCACUGCUGGACACAAUGGACCCACUCUGCAAACGGCACAUGCCCUCGGUGUUCCACCAAAGAAGUCAAAAGAUUACAAUAUUCCAGACCUCCAGCGGCAACUGGCCAGCGAGGCACGUAAUGUCAAACGCCGUUUGAAAAAUCGUACACGCCAAAUAACCGGUGAUGGCAUGAUGGAUGAAAUUUUAGCAGGCCUCAUUUCAGAACCACUGCAGGUCGAGGUACAUCCUCGACGCGCCAAAGCGUCGGACGAAUUUUAGGGUUUUUUUGGACGUUCUGGAUCCGAAUCACCAUUCGGUUUGCUAGUUGCCUUUCCUAUCCCUUUUCAACCCCCGUGUUUCGGAUGCCUAUUUCAAUGAUCAUCCCUUGCUGAUUCUCUCGAGCUACGCUUACCUGGCCACUUCAAGUGACAUCUGUUCGUUCCCGGAAGGUACAUUGGCCACAAGCAUGAUGAUCAUUCAAGUUCUGUACAAUGCCUCCUUCUCCCAUAUGCUAUGAUUUACUCAAUGAUCUUAUCCCUCUAGCCUAAUGUUCGGUUCUGUUAGCAUGGUUUCAAUAGGCGCUUUCCAUUCCUUUUUCUAGUCAUCAGUUCACGGAAUUCCUUAGACAGCUUACUGAUUCAUCAUCGUACUUACGUUUUCAUCCGGAUACCUCUGCUAUACGCUAUUCAAACCGCUUCUCCCCAUUUGUCAUCAAAACAUUGCUGGUGUACCCUUAUCCCCGUUGCCUGUCUUAUACUCUGUUCAUUGCUGAACUUGGAUCUCGGAGACCCCUCAGCCUUUGUUACCACUGUAGCACCUUAUAACUCAUCAUCACUCAACAACUCGGACGCCAGAGUACCGGUGCGACCAGCUCACUAUGGUUCGAGCAGUUAACUACUACCAGUGAUCAUGUCUCACCAUCCUCUCCUCAUCAAUGUUCAUCCUAUCGAUCGUUUGUAUUUUUUUUUGUUUCGGUGAGCGCCUAACAUGAAACUGCUAUAGAUGUACUGCUGUUGUUCCCUGUAUCUCGCUCCAUUUGCUUUUUUCUUACUUUUCACUAUGAUUUUUGUACCUCACUCUAUUCGGUUCGGCAAAUACGACAGUAUCUCUGUG